AUGCUGGGACGUUCAUACUGGCCUAUGCUGGCUAUGCUAAGUCUGCCUUAUACUGGCUAUGCUCGUGCUAUACUAUGCUGGUGCUUCAUACUAGCAUACUCGGAUUCUAACACGGUAUAUCCUUUUUCUUUUUCGUAUCUACUGGUAAAGUUUGUGUUGUGGCUCGGUGAUCCGUUCGGUUUGCAGGUAGCUAGGGCGGCUUGCAUCUGUGUGCGGUCUAUGCGCAUGAGGACUCGCUCCUUGAAGUCGACUUUUGUCAAUUGCUCCGAUGUCAAAGCCAAGGUCGUUUCCAAUGAGACACGGACGCUGCCGACGCUUGAGCUCGGGGAGCCUGGAGCCAAAGCACUUUUUUUCAUCCAUGGAUGGCCAGACAACGCUGCGAUGUGGGCUGCACAAUUUGCACAUUUUUGUUUCAAUGGUUCAUUUUACUGUGUGGCUGUGACUUUGGCCAAUUUUCACCCUGACUUUCCUGAUGCAGAUCCUGAUAAGGAGUUGAAAAUUACCCAGCAACUCAUUGAAAUCCACCAGACGAUGCUAGAGGCUCAUCUUGUGGACCCAACACUUGUUGUCCAUGACUGGGGCUCUGUAAUCGGGUAUGAGAUGCUUCAUCGUUAUCCUGCAGUUGCCAGGCAAAUCAUAUCGUUUGAUGUUGGCAGUACAGUCUCUUCCGAAAGUUGGAAACUUAACUUGACUUACCAAGAACAAAAUCGAGAGGCGUGGCAACAGAAAAACGACAGCAAGAGUGUUGGUUCAGCAAUUUACUGGGAGGCACCAGCACCGCUCAGAGCCACAUGGAGGACUUCUUGGCCUUACGAAUAUAAUUUAUCUUACCGAGGCUUCAUUCAACAUCCGUAUCCACCUGCAAGUGUCCCACUCCUCUUCCUUUGGGGGAACAUGACCCGAGGCGAGCCGCGCCAAGCUAAUACCAUUUUUUUCGGUCCGCAUUGGCUCGACUUUGUGCGCUCUACCCCGCACGGCCGAGUUGUCGAAGUAGACUCCGACCACUGGAUGCAUGUUAAGUCACCUAGAUUCGUCAAUAAUGCGAUUAGUGCUUGGCUCAAUGGAUACUAA